AUGCCUCUCCGCAUGUCCCCGGCUUCCCAAUCCGACGCCUCCCGCAUCGCCGCCAUCCACAUGGCCGCCUUCGGCACCAACGCCAUGCUGCUCGCUCAAUUUCCCACCCCAACCGUCCGCGAAAGGCUCCAAGUCUGCAUCGCGGCAAAAGCCUUAGCCGACAUCAGAGAUCCGAAGACGGCCGUGCUCGUCGUGAGAGACGAUGAGAGUGGGAACGGUGAGGUUGUCAGUUUCGCCAAAUGGAGCCUGCCGGUUCGGGAAGGGGAGACGUAUGUGGAGGCGCCGUGGGUGUGGCCGGAGGGGACGGAUUUGGAGGUGUUGGAUCGGUGGACUGGGGUGGUGGAGGGUGCGAAGGAAAGGGUGGUGGGGGAGGGGGCUUGUUACCGUAAGCUUGUUUACAAUAUUCAUGCCAUCUACGUGAUGCUGGGUUCGCAGUUCCCUGUGUAUGGAGGAAGUAUCGGAAGGCAGAAGAUUUUUCUCUUGAUGAGGCUAUCUGCUCCAAUUCCAUUCCUCGCAAAUUGUUUGUCACCGCAAUCAUCGGUUGCUCACCCGACUCUAGGCCUCACCUUCAUAGGGACUGACCCCCUACACGAGCGUCGUGGUGCAGCUUCACUCUUGUUACAAUGGGGCCUCCGGCAGUCCAAGCAAGAUAACGUUCCCGCGUACCUAGAGAGUACUGUUGAUGCUGGGUCGCUGUACGAAAGACAUGGGUUCGCGUCUGCAGAGAACAUCUCGAUGGUGCUGGCAGGGAGGGAGGGGGAGUCAGUAAUUUAUGAAGAAGUUUGCUUCAUCUUCAGACCUGGCGCUACGUCUGAUGCGAUGAAAUCGCAUACGCAGUCUGCGAAUUGA